AUGAGGUCAGCUGCAGGCAGCAGGAGGUCUCUGGUGGACGUUUCUGAAACAGACUUGAACAAACUGAAGCUUCAGUGUCGUAGAGCAGAGGGAGCCAAGCGGGAACACGAUGAGAAAACCCGAGGCCUCCUCUGCAGACAGACGCGAGAGAUCAAGAGGCUCCAGGAUGAAGGAGAAGAGCUUUCACGCAGUCUCCGAGUAUCUCAGAGUGGUUUUAACCGCUGGACUGAUGCUGGUGUUGUUCAAGACCUUACAGCCAUGCUGGCCCGUGGAGACAGAAUAGAUGAAGAGCUGGAAGCAGAGAAAGGCAAAGUGGCUUCUUUGAAAGUUCAGAUUUCAAAACUGGAGAGGACGUUGGCAGGACAGACGACUGGUGGUGGAAGUACACACCACAGUAUGAACUUAAGAAAAAACACCUGCUUAAUAGAAAGCAACCUGUACAGGGGUCGCAAAUGCCUCAAUACGAUGAUGACCAGGAAUGGAGAGUUCAGGGAGGAGCUGAAGAUGCUGCUGGUGGAGAAGAAACAGUUUUUACAAGUUCAGUCUCGCCUGGAAAAGGAGCUGCAAGCCAUUCGCAAGAAUAUUUCCAACCUGAUGAGUAAAUGCACCGAAGCCUUCAAUGCCAGUGUGAAGAUCCAGGAAAGACAGAGGAUGCUGAUGGAGCAGAAUGCUAAGGAUGUGGCUCAUUACAUCAAAGAGAGAAGCAGCCUGGAACAACAAAUGUCUUAUUUCUGCAACUUCGAGGUUUUCCUAGGCAUAAAGGCUAUUGUACGCAACAACCAGGACACCGACCGCAGAAAAGUGAGGCACAAGCAAUUGGAGUCUAAGGAAUUGGCACCAGGAGAUUUUGAGGACGCAAUCAAAAAGAUCUACACAGAGACUAAAGAAAUGGACCUGGACAAGCUGGUCAGGAACUUUAUACAAAUGGAGGAGCAGAACUACACUUUGCUGAAAUUUGUCAACUAUAAGCACAAUGAAGCAGAGACCAUUCGAAGGCAGAUCUCCCAGCUUUGCAAUGAGAUAGAGAUCUUUGUGGCUGAGGAGCAGCAGCAGCAGAAGCAGCAUCAUGAUCUUCGGAUGAAAGUUUCCUUCAAGCAAAAGAUUACUGAGCAACAUCUGGCAGGUUAUCAACAGCGUGUUGAGUACAUUGAAAAGCUCCUUGACCAGCUCAAAGGAGGUGUUGAAUCAUUGCUUCAAAUCAGCCAUGACAGCUCUGUGACUUUCAAACAGCUGGGCUCCUCUGACAGAGUCCAGGAUGAAAAUAUAAUAGAGUACCUGAGAGGGGUGGAGAACAGAGUGAAUGAGCUUCUCACUCUGCAGUCCUUCAUUCACUUCCAGGAGAACCUCAACCAGUGGGACAUUGACAAUCUUAGUACCAUUGCUGGGCAGCUCCUUGGAAUGACCCCACAAGCUGUCAACCCAACCACUGCUGCUGGGAUUCCUACACCUGUUGAUGACCCAGACGUGGUGGAGUUGUUGCUGCUGGAGGCCAAGGAGCCAGUGAGCAAAAAGAGGAUUGAGAGGAGGAAGAAGACAGACAGGCUGACCUGAUGUUAGGGCUGCUCCUUAGAGCUGCCAUAAGGUUCUGCAAACUCAGCCACUGGGAACAAGUUUGUGCUGAGCGUUUACAUUUUCUAAAAGCUAUAUUUAACUUUAGAUGGACAUUAUAUGAUGGGAAGCGUCAAUGAAAGAGUUAUUCAAGAGGGAACAACCUGCUUGAUUUAUAAAGGUGCAAUACCUUAUGGCAUAUGUCUGUAUAUUGCAUAUAAAUGUGCAUUUGUUCACAGUCAGUGGUAGUUAUGAAUUCAAUACAUUUAUUUCGGUUAUUUAAUGUUUUCUCUCCAUAGCUCGGUUGUACUUUUUUAACAUUUCAAGGAGCUGUUCAGAGUGAAAUAAACUGGAUGCAUUCAUGGAAGUCCUGAGAUAUAUUCUGCACACUGACACAGGUCACAGUCAUAUCAUGUGGGAUGAAUGAUUCAAAGACAAUUUCAAUCACAUAUGUUUUUACUAUAAAUUAAUGGAAUACUUUACAUGAACACUACUUAAUCAAAUGAUCAAAAUAGAACAUGCUGAACAACAAAGUAUCAAGUUCUUGGCUUGGCACUUACAAUUAAAAAACUUGGUUUACUCCCUCACUCAUUCACCUCCCCUCCUCACUCAUUCAC